AUGGAUUCCAGGCGGGCAGCCGUGCUGCUGGUGUUUCUGCUGCUAGUAAGUGACUGGGGCCAUGCUGAAGGACCAGGCAGCCAGGAUAAAGGAGACCGGACCUUAGAGGAAGACAACAGACACCACACCCCUAGGUCACUCUUGCGCUCCCUGCUCCAGGCCAUAGAGACACCUGGCCGGAGCCCAGGCUUCCUAUUUCAGCCCCAAAGGUUUGGCAGAAAUACCCGGGGAUCCUGGAGCAAUGAACGGCUGAGUCCCCGGGCUGGGGAGGGGCUCAGCUCCCAGUUCUGGAGCCUUGCUGCCCCCCAACGCUUUGGGAAGAAGUGA